AUGUCUGAUAGCAGAGCAGCAGAUAAAAAGGCCUAUGACAACAGGCUGAGGCCAGCGAUUCGGAGUCAUCAACGCACUCCAUCGGGCUCGAGGGACUUCAAAGAGGCAACAAAGCGAGAUGCUCUCGCCAGGGUCGAGGUGGAGCUGGAGCGCCUGCUGUCUACCAUACCGGAGACCAGACGUCCGCAGAUGCACAAGGAGUUCCAGGGCUUUAAGAAAUUGUUCAGCAGGUUCCUCGCUGAGCAGGGUCCCUCCAUGACUUGGGAGAAGAUUGAGAAGCUCCCGGAAGGUGCCGUGAUCGACUACGCGAGCCUCAAGACGCCCACAACGGACAAUGUGCACCACAUGCUGGAUAAACUGGUGGUGGUGAAACUUAACGGUGGUCUUGGCACGUCAAUGGGUUGCAAAGGCCCCAAAUCCGUGAUCCAAGUGAGGAACGAGCUCACAUUCUUGGAUUUGACUGUGCAACAAAUUGAGCAUCUGAACAAAACAUACAAGUGCAACGUGCCUCUGGUCCUGAUGAACUCGUUCAAUACGGACGACGACACGCAAAAGGUGAUCCGCAAGUACAAGGGCUUGAAGCUGGACAUCCACACUUUCAACCAGUCCUGCCACCCGCGGAUCAACAGGGAGUCCCUGUUGCCCAUCGCGAAGGAUGGAAAUGUGUACUCUGAUAUUGAAGCGUGGUAUCCACCAGGCCACGGUGACUUCUACGAAUCGUUCUAUAACUCCGGCCUCCUCCAGAAGUUUAUCAAAGAAGGCAGAACGUACUGCUUCAUCAGUAACAUCGACAACUUGGGCGCGACCGUCGAUCUGAACAUCCUCGACCUGCUCCUGAACCCGGACCCACAGAAAUACGUCUCGGAAUUUGUGAUGGAAGUGACCGACAAGACCAGAGCCGAUGUCAAGGGUGGAACUUUAAUCCAGUACGAAGAUAAGUUGCGUUUGCUGGAGAUUGCCCAGGUCCCGAAGGAGCAUGUAGACGAUUUCAAGUCUGUCAGCCAGUUCAAGUUCUUCAACACGAACAACUUGUGGGCGAAGUUGGAUGCUAUACAGAGGGUAGUUGAACAAGGGUCUCUGAACAUGGAAAUUAUCGUCAAUAACAAACACUUGAGCGAUGGAUUGAAUGUGAUCCAACUAGAAACGGCGGUCGGUGCUGCCAUGAAGUGCUUUGAAGGCGGAAUAGGAGUGAAUGUGCCAAGAAGCCGUUUCCUGCCCGUGAAGAAAACGUCAGAUCUGUUACUCGUUAUGUCUAAUCUGUAUAGCCUCUCCCAUGGCUCCCUGGUGAUGUCUCCACAGAGGAUGUUCCCUUCCACUCCGCUCGUAAAGCUCGGCGACAACCAUUUCGCGAAGGUUAAGGAGUUCCUCAACCGGUUCGCGACCAUACCCGACCUCAUUGAGCUGGACCAUUUGACUGUUUCUGGUGAUGUCACUUUCGGAAGAGGAGUCUCGCUCAAGGGUACUGUAAUAAUAAUCGCGAACCACGGCGACCGUAUCGACAUCCCGUCAGGUGCUGUGCUGGAGAACAAGAUCGUUUCCGGCAACCUCCGCAUCUUGGAUCACUAA